CAGUGUCAGCCAGUUUUGCCUGGGGGCAACGCCUCUAACAUUUGUCUCCUAAUUACUGGUAUCGAACUUGAAACAGGAUUUAUUAACUCACGAGAACAGUAUUCUGAUUUUAACUGCAAGAGCAUUAUUGAGGGAAUAUAUUCAUUCGAGUAUCGAAUUGUUGGCAGCACUGGAGUUUGUCGAAGUCCAAAUAGUAUACUAAGGGCUUGUCAGCGACAAGGAUCACCCUUACGCGACAACUCAGUUUACGAACAAACUUUCGGAUUCUGUCCUAACUUCUUCGAGACUUCAGUCCUGGAAGAGCCAAACAUCGUGUAUGGCAAAGCAAAUAUUUGGCGUUGCUACGCGCGCUGGGUCGCCGCUGAUGGAACCGUGUGGGCUGCGGUUGAGUACGACACCAACAUGCCGAAAUUUAAAUACCGCUGCCUCACAACUCGCAUUGAUCAACAGAAUCGGCGGGAUAUCAUCCAAUGGGGCAUGACAGUGGACGCUGAUUGCAAAAACCUUAAGAACUACUUCACCGCUCCAAUCCGCCUGAUUCUUGAACCAUCAUUCGACCCAGCCACUCAGCUUGUUGAAAUGCAGCCAAGCUGCAAGCUUCCAACCAACUACAGCGGCAACUGGUUUUACCCAAGCGAGUACCAAACUUCGGUGCAAAUCAAUGCAACGCAUAUUUACAUGCGACGUAGACGCGACUACUACACGUAUGAAGACAUUUACUUUGUUUGUCGUCAACAACAACUUUCGAGGUACCUAAUGGCUGUCGUCACUCGAGGACAGUGCGAAAUCGAUUUUAUGUGCUUCGAACUGGUGCCACGACACCAUAAUAUCGCGCGCUUCCGCAUGGGUCGACCGUUCCCCCUGGAACCCGCCACGAAGGCCUCCCUUGGCGAAUCGGAGUACAUGUUGCGCAUGUACAAGGAGGCCUGCCACUGGAGCAGUUUCACGCUCAACUACAUUGAGUGGACGUACGAGUACUUCGUCCUUGACCCGCCUGUGCCAAUCAACUGUCCCAUUCAGGGCAAAUUUAAGUUCAUUCAAACCGGACAAGAGGCCGAAAAGUACGUCUUCAAGAUGCCGAAUGGAAUGACGCCUCGACCCUGGCUCCAAGUGCUGUGCUACCACUACUGGCAGACGAACAUCGAGGCGUGCCUCAACGACGGAAAGAUUCUCAAACUCGACGUGGAGAAGUGCUGGCGUCUAGACUUCGCUGGCCGACCCAUUUCAGAGUACGACGUCACCGACAACUACAUUGCCUGUGUCGGCUUCUGGAUGGAGGACACCAAGUCCUACCUCAUCACCUACGAUCGUGAGGAUCCGGUUACAAACAGGUUCCGCUGCUGGGUGUACCAGCGGCUCUCACUUCGAUCCUACGCAAUGUCUCGCAGCCUUGGCAACCAGUGUGGCAAGACGCAAACCGCUGAGUCAUCCCUACCAGAAGAAGGCGCUUCCCUGCGCCUCGAAUUAAUGGAGGAUGAGUACGAAUUCGAUGUCUGCCCAAUGAACUACGACGACGGUCGAAACCCCUACGCCAAUCCCGCUGUCCUUAACGUCUACGCCCACGCACCCCGCGCCGUCUUAGUCCCCCAACAUGGCCUCUUAACCAUGCUCUUAACUUGUGUACUUUUACAGAUCAUAUGUGCGCUCGCGGACGCACGCGCACGUGCGCACCAUCAUGCAAACUCAGCAGCCAAUCACUCACAUGAAGACUGCUCGUGGUGGCUGAUGCUAGCACGACAAUUAUGGUCACCAAUUCUUAUUGGCUACGGCCUAUUGCCAUAUAUGGCAGUUGAGAAAAUCUAUAUAAAGCGUGACGCCGAGUCGAGUUCGGCUGUCCUUCGUUGUCUUGUCUUGGUUCUACUAGCUAUGGGUGACGCUGAAGAUAUCGCCGCUCUCGUUGUCGACAAUGGUUCGGGUAUGUGCAAGGCUGGCUUUGCCGGUGACGAUGCCCCCCGCGCCGUCUUUCCUUCCAUUGUUGGUCGUCCAAGACAUCAGGGGGUUAUGGUCGGCAUGGGACAAAAGGACAGCUACGUUGGCGACGAAGCCCAAUCGAAGCGUGGUAUUCUCACUCUGAAGUACCCGAUCGAGCACGGCAUUGUUACCAACUGGGACGACAUGGAGAAGAUCUGGCACCAUACCUUCUACAACGAACUUCGUGUUGCCCCGGAGGAGCACCCAGUUCUUCUGACUGAGGCGCCUCUGAAUCCCAAGGCUAACCGCGAGAAAAUGACGCAGAUAAUGUUUGAAACGUUCAACUGUCCUGCUAUGUACGUCGCCAUCCAGGCUGUUCUUUCUCUUUACGCCUCUGGUCGUACCACGGGUAUUGUUCUCGAUUCCGGUGAUGGUGUUACCCACACCGUGCCUAUCUAUGAGGGUUACGCGCUUCCUCAUGCCAUUCUCCGUCUCGACUUGGCUGGACGCGAUUUGACCGACUACCUCAUGAAGAUUCUGACGGAGCGUGGCUAUGCCUUCACGACCACUGCUGAGCGCGAAAUUGUUCGUGACAUCAAGGAGAAGCUCUGUUAUGUGGCUCUUGACUUCGAGCAGGAGAUGGCCACCGCCGCCUCCAGCUCCUCCCUAGAGAAGUCGUAUGAGCUUCCCGACGGCCAGGUAAUCACUAUUGGCAACGAGCGCUUCCGUUGUCCUGAGGCUCUAUUCCAGCCAAGCUUCCUUGGAAUGGAGUCGGUGGGCAUCCAUGAGACAACGUUCAACUCAAUCAUGAAGUGUGACGUUGACAUCAGGAAGGACUUGUACGCCAACACUGUGCUCUCUGGUGGCUCCACCAUGUACCCUGGCAUCGCUGAUCGCAUGCAGAAAGAGAUCACUGCUCUCGCUCCGAGCACCAUGAAGAUCAAGAUCGUUGCUCCGCCAGAGCGCAAGUACUCGGUCUGGAUCGGUGGCUCCAUUCUUGCUUCCCUUUCUACAUUCCAGCAGAUGUGGAUCUCAAAGCAGGAGUACGACGAGUCUGGGCCCAGCAUUGUUCACCGCAAAUGCUUCUAA